AGUAAAGAUAUUCAAAAAACAAAAACAAAUACAUGAUUGGAAGUAUAUCUAAUUUCACUGCUUAUUGGAGAUAAUUGCUCUUUAUUGUGAUAAAUCCUUAUAAAUGAACUGAGAAACGAUAAUGAAUGACAAUGUCAACAUUUCUUUAUUAAAACAUAUUAGAAUAAAAACUUUGGUUUGACAAAACAUGAAUAAUUAAAAAAGCUGUGUGUGUGAGCAAGCAAGCACGUGUGUAGCAUACAUUUCAAUAGUGUAUGUAGUAAAACAACAAAUUAAUAAAAUACCUACUGACCUUUAAGAACAUGUUAGGCAUUAAUUCAUCAAUAUGUGUGUGAGCGUGAGAGAAAAAGCGAGUGAGUUUUUUCAUGAGUUAAAUGUGAGUCUUCAGUCCCAUGCGAUAGAUAUGCAGGGGCAUGUCACGAAAUCAGUGUGGCAACAUGCCCCGACCAGACUUCCAUGAGAAAUGACCCUGCCCUGAGCACAUAGCUUGACAAAGCCAUUCAAACUUAACAUGAAAUCAUAGUUGAACCUCGCCUUAUUGUGUCACACUGUGUAUUGUUUGUGGUUCCUUGUUGACCAAACAUUUAUUACAAAAAUAACAAGAUUUCAACAUUUUACAUUUGGGUAUGAAAAACACAAAAGUUGUCCUCAUCUCAGAGUGUUUUGACCUAGACUUUUGAAACCAAUAUAGGUAACCUGUAAUCAACAAGACAAACAUUUGUCUAAUUGGACUUUUGACACAAAACCCUGUGACAACAUGCCCGGUCUCUCCUACAAUAUUCUCCCUAUUAUAAUUCUAUGUACACUAACCUUCCAACAUUACCAUGGGUUGAUGAACCGAAYRUGGCAAUUUUCAGAAUUAAUCAAACCACAGUAAUCUUUCUUUCUUGCAUAAAGGCUCUCCAAACCUGUUUUUUAUGAUUCAUAAAUACUUUUCUAAACCUAGAUAAUCUACAAGAUCAGAGUAUUUUAAAAUCUACCAAUUGGGGGCUGAAACGGAAAUGAAUAUUCAUAUAUUUAGAAGGCUUUCAUUAAUCCAUGAUAUUCUGAACCCGUUUUCUCAAUAUAUUCUAGUCUGUCAACAAAUUUCUAACUAAAUGGUGCACCUUAUUAAAAGGGAUGGCUUAACAUAAAUGUACUGAAAACCCCAUUGAACGAAAACUGCGAGAAAAUCUGUUGGCCAGAGUAGGAGGGUUUUCAGUGGUUGAAUAAAAUGUAUUCAGAACGUUUAAGGUAGACCUGCAGAGCGCUUUACGCAACUAAAUAAGUUAAAUCUGAAUAAAUAUUGAGAAGUGCAUAGAAAAGGCGUGCGUAGGAAAGUCAUACAUUCCUAAAUAGGGAUCGGCCCCUUAAGCCCCUUAAUGACUAUGUGAAUGUUGUAACAGACUGCAGAGAACUUCAGACAGUAAUGGAGACAGAAAAUGUAAUAUCUCAUCUUGCCCGCUAGAAUUAAACUGAAAUACAUGUACUGAAUCAAGUCUUCUACAAUAAAAUAUGUAUUUGAGCUAAUGAACUAACCACCCUAUUAAUGACCAUAUACACAUGUAUUUUUUCAGGUUUAUUGGUUGAAGGGAAGGAGUUCCUCUUGGGGUAGUAAAACUACUGAAGAUGGGGAGACUGAUUUUGGGCGAUUUUAGGAUAAAUUCAUAUAAUUUGGUAUAUUAAUUUAAUUGUUCUGUUGUUAGUUCUUUAAUCCCUGUUUCAGAUAAUUAUAUUGUUACAAUUCAGAGGAGCAAACGUCCUCUAAAUACACCUAUUUCCUUUUAAUAUUACCUUGACACUCCCUCCCACAGUAGCCUCGACCAAUUAGAAAACAAUAUCGGACUUCUUGUGUGACUAAAGGUGUUUAAAAUAAUCCUAAAGCUGAUGGAAUGUUCAGCAGGUAUAAAUGCAAGAGUUCUAAGAGGAAGCAGUAGACUAGAAGGACCUGACAGAGACAGAGAUAGGAAGCUCUCAGGUUUUCACAUACAUCUCAAGAUAUCACUCUGGAAUGUUCUCAAUCCUGUUUGUUGCUGUGUUCUUGGCCAGCUGCUUGGCAAUGCCCAUAAAAGAACAGUACUCGUAUUCCUCUGCGGUGGGUCUGGGCAGUGGCACCCCAUUUGCUUCCUCCGGUGARGGACGCAUCACAGCGGUCAGAGUAUGGGAGAACAACAACGCCUACAUCAACGGGUUUCAGCUAAGAUAUGACUACACCUGGUCUUCAGUGUUUGGUCGCGAAGUGGGUGAAAAACAAGAGAUGGAGCUGUUGGAGGAUGAGGCCAUUGUCCAGGUGUCUGGGAAGUACAACCCAGGAGACUACGUAAACUACCUGGCGUUCACCACCAACAGGGGGCGCUCUCUGUCGGCCGGCCAGCCCUCCCAUAUCUCCUUCAACUUCUACCCAGCCCGUGUGGGCAGUGAGCUGAGGCUGCUCAGCGGCCGUUCCGACGGUGCUGGCAUCACCUCCAUCGGAGCCCACUGGGGAUUGAUGUACAUGGAAGAGGNUGUGGGCAGUGAGCUGAGGCUGCUCAGCGGCCGUUCCGACGGUGCUGGCAUCACCUCCAUCGGAGCCCACUGGGGAUUGAUGUACAUGGAAGAGGCUGGAAGCAGUACUUCCUCUUAA